UGUGAAGCAUUACGCUGUGUUCUACACCUGCUGCCACUGUUACAUAAAGAAUGAAGAAUGAAUUUAAUGUUUAAAUUCCUCGGAAAGGAUCACUUUCCUGCAGCUGGUCCCGCAGUGGAACGGGGUACCUGCUAAAGCUGUGCCGAUACCACUGUGUUUUAAGUAAUAAAUGACAAAAGACCACUUUUGAACGCUUUGUGGUAAACAGUGCUGGAGCAAAGGGCGAGGCAAAGGGCCAUGUUGACAGCUCUGUCACACAGGGGUGUCAUUCUGGCUCGGGGUGUGAACGCACACAGCUGCCUGUCCCGCGUGCUCCAUCCACCUUCCGCGUGCCGUUCCCGCAGAGCCAUGGGCUCGGUGUCCAUCCCGCCGCCGGCCUCCCUGCUCCGGCCCCUGGAGACCCCGCAGCGCCUCCUGUCGGGACCCGGACCUUCCAACGUGCCCCCGCGCGUGUUGGCUGCCGCGGCAAGGCAGAUCAUCGGCCACAUGCAUGGAGAAAUGCUGGAGAUCAUGGAUGACAUCAAAAAAGGGAUACAGUAUGCAUUCCAGACUCAGAACAACAUGACUCUUGCCAUGAGUGGUCCUGGCCACGUAGCCAUGGAGUGUGCUAUUUUCAACACUGUCGAAUCUGGCGAGAGUGUCCUUGUUGCUGUCAACGGGAUAUGGGGAGAAAGGGCAGCUGAAAUUGCAGAGAGGAUCGGUGCCAGAGUUAACACCAUAGUCAAGCCGCCUGGUGGCUAUUUCACAAAAGAAGAAAUUGAACAGGCCCUGGUUGAACACAAACCCGUCAUCUUCUUUCUUACACAUGGAGAAUCCUCUUCAGGGGUUGUCCACCCUCUGGAUGGAAUUGGAGAUUUGUGUCACAGCCACAACUGUUUGUUCCUAUUGGAUGCUGUUGCAUCCCUUGGUGGGUCACCUAUACUCAUGGAUAAGCAAGGCAUUGACAUCCUGUACACAGGCUCCCAGAAGGUGUUGAAUUCACCACCUGGAACUGCACCCAUUUCCUUCAGCGAGCGCGCAUGCAAGAAGAUGUUUCACCGGAAGACAAAGCCACUGUCCUACUUCCUUGACAUGGGCUGGCUGGCAAAUUACUGGGGCUGCGAUGGAAAACCAACACGAACAUACCAUCACACAGGACCAAUAUCUGGGUUUUUCACUCUGAGGGAAAGCCUUGCUAUCCUUGCAGAAAUGGGACUAGAGAACUCAUGGAAUCGCCACAAGGAGGUAGCAGAACACCUACACAAGGGUUUGGAAAGCAUGGGUUUUAAACUUUUCGUUCAAGAGAAGCACGUAAGGUUGCCAACUGUCACCACCAUUACAGUUCCACCAGGGUAUGACUGGAGGGAGAUCACAGUGUAUGCCAUGAAACACCACAACGUUGAGAUUUCUGGAGGCUUGGGGCCAUCCUCUGGCAUGGUGCUGCGCGUAGGACUGAUGGGGUACAACAGCAACAAGGCCAAUGCUGACAAGGUGUUAGAAGCCCUGAGGGAAGCACUCAAACACUGCCAUAAAAGCAAGGUGUAGGGACUCCAGCCUCAUUGUCUUCAGAAUGCGGGGGGGGGGCUUAGAUGAAACCUGCAACCAGAUGUAAUUCAUGUCUGUAAAACAUCUGAUUUUAAUGUGUAAAUUAGGCUAAAGCAAUGCUUGCAAUUUUGUUUAA